AUGCAUGCCCUACAUCCAAGCCUUAAGAGCCAGCCCAAGUGGUUCUGGAUUGCGGAUAUAAUAAGGUGUAAACAGGAGUCCGAACUUCCCGAAAAGAAGUACGACGCUGACUGCGUGAGAAGAAGGGCUCCUUCCUUUGAGAUUGUGGAUGGGCAGCUGUAUAAACGAUCCUUCGGGUGUCCACUGUUAUGCUGUCUACUCCCCGACGAGGCCAAAAUUGUGUCGAUGGAGGCUCAUCGAGUGACCUGUGCUGCCCAUCAUGGGGCCAAUACUUUGGCCCGAAAGCUCAUUAUUAAGGGGUUUUAUUGGCACACCAUGGUGAGGGACUGCAUAGAUGAAGUAAGGAAAUGCCCGACUUGUCAAGCAUUUGCCAAGAAGGAUGCCUGA